CCGUUAGCUCAGCUUUGUCCGGCGCCCCGGGGGGCUGAGGGCAGCCCGGGUCUCUGUGCCGCGGCUCCGAGCGGGGCAGUGGCCUGAGGGAGGUCUAGCCCUGAAGCAGCAGCCGCGCCACGGACUCCCAGCGAGUCGGUUCACCCGGUAUUGGCGGUGGGGUUCCAGGUCUCAGUCCUGCGCGGAUCGCGCCCUUUCCUGCGCUGACAUCCAGCCCUACUGGUACCCAGCGUCUGUCUGGCUCUCCUUGGGCGUCUUCAGAAGCCAGCUGCAGAGUGCACUCCACCGACCUCACCACGGAGUGUUCCAGUUCCAGAAUCUUGGGUUCGCCCAACCUUUGGGUGAUUCCUGGAGCGGCGAGACACUGUCUCUUAUGACUUCUUUCUUCCAACUUUUCCUGUUCUGGCCUCCUAGUUUCUACCCUUUCCCAAGAUCAGCAAAAAAUGAACAAGUUCAAAGGACCUGUGACAUUAAAGGAUGUUACUGUGGAAUUCACCAAGGAAGAGUGGAAAUUGCUAACUCCUGCUCAGAGGACCCUGUACAAGGAUGUGAUGCUGGAGAAUUACAGACACCUGGUGUCAGUAGGUUACCGUGUGAAUAAGUCAAAUGUGAUUUCGAAGUUGAAGCAAGGAAAAGAGCCAUGGAUACUGGAAGUGGAAUUUCCAUGUCGCCAAAGUUCAGAAAACCUACGGAAUAUCCAUGAGCAUGGUGCAGGGAACCAGAAGAGCCCAGCUGAUAAUUCAAGGACUGGAGAACUCAAAAAACUUCAGAAAACUUAUCGCCAAGUAGAGAGCUAUGAAUGUAAUGAAUGUGGAAAGACCUUCUGCCAGAAGACUGCCUUUACAGUCCAUCGGGAUACGCACUUUGAGAACAAGUCUUAUGAUUGUGGUAAAUGUGGGAAAUCCUUUUCUAAAAAUGAAGAACUCACAGUUCAUGAGAAAAGUCACACUAGAGAUAAAACCUAUGAAUGUAAAGAAUGUAAGAAGAUCUUCUACCAUCUGUCAUCUCUUAAUAGACAUCUAAGAACUCAUGCAGGGGAAAAACCUUAUGAAUGCAGUCAGUGUGAGAAAUCCUUCUACCAGAAGCCACACCUCAUGGAACACCAGAAAACGCACACAGGGGAGAAACCCUUUGAGUGUACUGAAUGUGGGAAGUUCUUCUAUGUGAAAGCAUACCUCAUGGUUCAUCAGAAAACACACACAGGGGAGAAACCCUUUGAGUGCAAGGAAUGUAGGAAGUCAUUCUCCCAGAAGUCACAUCUCACAGUACAUCAGAGAACACACACAGGGGAGAAACCCUAUAAAUGUAAGGAAUGUGGGAAGUUAUUCACUAGGAAUUCACACCUCAAAACCCAUCAGAGAACUCAUACAGGAGAGAAACCCUAUGAAUGUAAGGAAUGUGGGAAAUUCUUCUACCAGAAAUCAGCCCUCACAGUACAUCAGAGAACUCACACAGGGGAAAAGCCCUUUGAAUGUAAUAAAUGUGGCAAACACUUCUUCUAUAAGUCAGACCUCACUAAACAUCACAGAAAACACACAGGGGAGAAGCCUUAUGAAUGUACAGAAUGUGGUAAAUCUUUCUCUGUGAAUUCAGUCCUCAGAUUACAUCAGAGGACUCACACAGGAGAGAAGCCCUAUGAAUGCAAGGAAUGUGGAAAAUCUUUUUCUCAGAAAUCACAUUUUAUCAUACAUCAGAGAAAACACACAGGAGAGAAGCCCUAUGAGUGUCAGGAAUGUGGAGAAACCUUUAUCCAGAAGUCACAACUCACAGCACAUCAAAAAACACAUACACAGAAGGAGAAAGCUGAUAAAUAGUAUGGAUCAGGAAUUUCUGUCUGAACUUAUCCUUCAGCAUAAUCAUAUGAUUCACAGGAGAGAAACCACAUGCAUAUCAUUAAGAAGAAAACUUUUAUGCCAAAUUUGACCUUGUAGAAUAUUAGCAAAUGCACUGAGAAAAAAAGUUUUACACAGUUAUUCAGGAGAAGUUUUCCACUCACUAGACUUGACUGUCAUACCUUAUAGAUGGCAGAAACUGUACAAAUUAUAACACAAAAAUUUUAUUUUAGAAGUCAUUACUUUAUAGCAUAGAAAUCACACAGGAAAAAUCUGUAAGUAAAAUGAAUGUCAAGUUUUCUGUCAGGGCAGCCAACACUACACAAUGAAAAGCUCACAUUCAAUGAAAUUUCUCACAUGUGUAAGAAAUUCCUGAGGGUAUCUUGAGUAUUCCACUUUUACACACAUUGCUCUCACAUAUUAGAGAAUUCAAAGGGGAUAAGUGCAAAGAUUGCAGGAAAUAUAUGUCUUUAUCAAGAACUGAUGUUCCAUUGAAUGUCACAUCAGUGCUUGGAUAAUACCUUUAUAGAUAUUUGAAAGAUUUGCACCUAAAAAGAAAAUAAUUUGUACUGAGGGAAGCGCUUAUACUAUAAGUUGUAUUACAGAUUCCAAAAUUACUUGUUCUUUUUAAAGAAACCUGCAAAUAUCUACAGAUUAAAAAAAUGUUUUUAAAGCCAAAAUGAAUUAUCAGGCAGCAUCAUUAAAUAGACAUGAAGAGUCUUAGUUUAGGGCUUAUGUAUGUAAGUAUGCAACAAAUUAUAACUUAUAGAUGUCUAACAUACAUGUGAACACAUAUCAUAGUUGUAUAUAGGAAAACAUAUCACCUCAGCUCAGUAACUUAUGUGUAGGAAGAUGUAACCCAUUGUCUCACAGGUGACUCCUGUUGUUAAUAUAUACUAUAGUGCAAUGUGCAAUACUCUUUAAAUUAUAGUGUGUCUUUUCUGCCUUCUUCCUGGCACUUAAAUAUACAGUUACUGACUAACAUUUUAAAAUGGAACUAAAACCUUUUUGUGAAAUGUUCAGCUAUGUGGUCAGCCAAAUUUUGAAUUAGGACCAUACUUAUUUUUGCAAAAGCCUGAACUGCUUUUAAAGUACCUGAAAACAGUAGAAUUAUUGCACUUAAUAUAACAAAAACUGAGUGCUAUACAAGAAAUAUAAUUUCUCUUACCUCAUCUGUUCAAGUUUGAUCAGGGUAGAGCUAUCUGUGUCUGUAUUCAGAAUCAGAGUCCUAAAUGUUCUUCCCUGCCUUUUUUAUCCUGGUAGAAGUAACAUAGCAUAAUGAUUAAACUUACUUUACAAAGUACGUUUUCUGUUACCGAAAGCUGGCAACAUUGCAGCCAUUUACAAGUAUACUUUUAUAAAUGUCAUGUGUUUUAGAAAUUAUGUACACAGUAAUUGUGCAUAAGCAGUUUUGUGGAGCAUAUUUAUAUGUUGAAAGUUGAAGCUUAGAAGUAAUUUUUAAACAAAAUGUAGUUUUUACUUGAAUUGUGGACUCCAGGCUCUUAUUGCCUUGGCUCAGAUGCCAGCAUGGGGUCUGACACUCAUCUCCCACUGUGCCUCAGUACCUUUUCUGUAAUAGUAGCAUUAAUAAUGUCAUAGGAUUACUUUGAAGUUGAAAUGAGUUAAUAUUUUUAAAGCAACUAGAAUAGUGUCUCAGACUCAAGAUAUUAUUAGAUAUUAUUUUAGUUUACAAUCCUGAUUUACUGUACCAAAAAAAGGUGACAAAAUAUUAUCUCAUAUUAUUGCUGCUAGUGCCUUGAUUUUUCCUUUUUCCUUUGCUUUUUGCUUUUUUUUUUUUAGCUUUUUUCUAGUAAUUCAGAAGUAGAUCCUGACUGGGUUAGGAAGAGAUGACAAAGUAUAGCCCAUCAGCUAGAUCUAGCCCACGGUCCAUUUUUGUAGCUUAUAAACUGAGAAUAAUUUUUAUUAUUAAAUGGCUGAAAUUAAUAUUUUGUGGAAUAUUGAAAUUUCAUUGUCCACAAAUAAGGUAUGUUGAGAACACUCACAGAGACAAAUCUCAUUUCUUAGUUGCUUGCCUGUGGCUGCCUUUACACUACAUCAGCAGAGUUGAGUAGUUUUGACAGAGACCAAAUCAAACACAGAGCCCAAGAUAUUUACUACAUGGCACUUUACAAAGCAAUUUUUCUGUUAUCUAGAGCUGAAAACAUUGCAGCCAUUUACAAGUAUACUUUUAUAAAUGUUAUGUGUUUUAGAAACAAUGUACAUAGUAAUUUGUGAAUAGGUAGUCUUUGUGCAGUAUAUUUAUAUGUUAAACGCUUAAGCUUAGAAGUAUUUUUUCAAUGAAAUGUGUUUUUUACUUAAUUGUUAUAAUAGCAAAACAAAAAAUUUCAUGGUGUAGCCUAACAAAUAUAUGAAAUAAACAUUGUCUAAAUGAAAUUGAACUGUUUAUUGGUCCCUCCUGCAGUAUUCCUUUAUCUUCUUUAAAGUUAAUGGUGCGCUUCCUCGUAUUAUUGUACAAUUUUCUCUUAUCCCAUCAUAAGAUAUCUCUAUGUCAUAUUUAACACCUAACAAUAUAAAAUUUACAAUACCUAACUCUACCAGCUACAUGAGAAAUAACCCUAAAACUGCCUGAAUUUCAUAUGUAAAUACUGUGCCACUGAAGAGGGCUCAACUUACAAUUUUUGACUUUAUGAUGGUGUGAAUCCAAUAGACGUUCAACAGAAACCUCAUUGUAAUUUUUAAAU